AUGAUAUCGCGUGGCCACACGUGUCUAAGAAGGCCUCUGUCUGCCGCCUUAGAUACCAUCGGGGCUGGCCCCGAUGAACCGCUGCUUUUCCUUUACCCCCGAUGGGCCGCAUCGGCCGUCCAGCGAAGGCGUCCUAUCUCAUCUUUGACACAGUCUCCCGUCUCGUCCAAGGAUAAAAAGAACUCCAGCCUUCCUCUCCGCCCAGAUCCCCGUCCAUCCGCUUCACCAGUUCCCCCGAGCCGCCGCCAUGCGAGCCGAUGGAUCUCCAACCAUACGAUAUCUACUGAGCUCGACGAUGACUCCUAUGUCAAACUGCCUGGUGGUCAUGCAGAUGAUGCGGUAGAGGAUAAACGAGGGGAUAAGGAUACAAGAGAGUUUGCUGGCCCGCCAACCGCGAGUCCGACUGCCCCAGCGUCGGAAGAGCCGACGGCAUCCACCGAGCUUAGUGGUGUCUGCGCCCGGGCAGUGAAGACCCCGAAGGAUUCAACAUCAGAAGAUUCGGACUUGUGGCCAGUCGCCCCCGGAUCGCGUACUCGUGUUCCCAGGGACGUGUGGGAGAGGGAACUGUCGCCACGGAAUCGAAAGCAAGUUCUAUUUGGCGAGCACAUCCUUAAGCGGGAAAAAGAAUAUGGGAAUUCAUCGAAGAGUCCCAAAUCUUGGAUGGACAUGCGAGAUUUGUUGUUGAAGAUGCAGCGGCAGACCAAGGGUGUGAAUCGGAGGGGAGCAAAGUAUAAAGAACUGCUUCUCCCCGAGGAGACUGUCGCUCUCAUGUCUGGAUCUACAAUGCCUGGCAAAGCAAUGGAGGAGAAUAUCUGGCAUCUUCCAGUUCGCCAUGGAUGCCUUGUACAGGUUCUUCCUGUCGAUAAGGGAAACGGACUCCACCGCAAGGUUCUUCUAGUGGGCUCUGAAGGCACCCUUGAACUUGUCGAGGGGUCCAUAAAACGACUGCGAGAUCUCCAGGCUAGUGGAGACCCUCUUGUUGAAGUUCAGAAAGCGCCAGUCCCUUUGGUUUCUUCAAUGACAAAGCUACGGCGACUGAAGCGUCCAGUGCCAUUGAUCCGUGCAGUCUGGACCACUCCCUUCGAUGACCAAGAGCCCCUCUACUUGAGUAGAGUCCUUGAAAGCGGCCCGUCAUUUGGUUCCGUGAAAGAAUUUGCGGAUCAUAUUGACGACGUGGUCAAUGCGAAAAGAAUGAACACCAUCAAGCUGGCCAUCGAGGGUCAAUUAAUGGAAAUUCCCUAUACGUUCCGGGCUGCGGCUCAUGUCUCAGGGCUGUUUGAACGGGAAUCGAACCGCAAAUUUCUCUCCACUGCCGCUUUGAAUAGUGCCCUGAGAUUCCUCUACAAGCACCAUCGUCUUGACAAUGCUCGGACUGUGUUCAGCAAAGGGGAGCAUCUCGCGACGGUAGACACAUAUAACAUUUUGCUCAAAUCCGCGGCCUUGCGCCAGGAUAAGCGGAUGUUCGGUUUCUUCUUGGAAGCAAUGGCUGAAAAGCGCCUUCGACCGAACACGGAGACUUGGCUUGUAUUGCUGGAGGCUAUGCUCACGCAAAAGAGCAAGGCCGCUAUCAUCAAGGAGAUGGCCAAGAAGGGCUACAUGAAAGAUGUCAAUACCGUUCGCAGUGCGCUGCAGCUGACGAUCUCUGAUUCCUUCUUCGUUCACCUCGAGAGCGGGCGGGACGUGCGCAGCUUCUUCGACCUCAUGAUCAAGACUCAUGGGGCAGACUGGUUCACUGCCUCUUUACUCAGCCAAAUGUUCAACGUGACUUCACGGUUGAAUAAUCAUGCAGCCAUGCAGGAGCUGCUUGAUAUUUGCAUCGAGUAUCAUCUUGAUCUCAACAAUGCUUGUCUUAUCCAAAUAUUGUUCAUGGUUCAGGAUAACAUCUUCACCGCCCUCGAGCACACCUUCAAGUUUAUGAAACGACUUUCGUUCAAAAUCGACGCCGAUGCUAUAAACAAGCUUUUCGUGAUCGCAUACCACGGCUGCCACUACAAUAUCUGCCGUGUGUUGUGGCAUUACGCUUGCAUGCAGGACCUCGUGACGAGUAGUAUGCAAAAUAUCGUCCUCGAUUCCCUCACUCGCAACGCGUCCUUGAGAACCGCAUCCGACGAUGUCCGAAAAAUCUGGCAGAUUUGCGCUGGCAAGGUGAUCAUUCGCCGCAAUUCGAAGGCUAAAUUCAAGAUCAGCGAGAAGCACCUCGCACAGCUGCCACCGGAAUUCCACCAUAACCCCUUUCUCUAUCUGGUAUCAGGCUUUAAGAGCGAGGGUCGUGAACGAGUACUGCAACUCCAACUGGCCAAGGCCUAUGUCCACCGUGACAUUCUCACGGAGGCUUUGCCCAAAUACAAUCUGGCUUUGAUGUUGGAGGCCGCUGCUACUAUGGAUCAAGAGUGGGCAGGUAAACCGUGGCCCUUGGCAUGGAUGCUCCAGAACUCGAUUGGAAUUCCGACCACGAGGCGACUUGAAGAGAUGCAAUGA